AACAGAGAUGAAGACAAACUUGCUGAAAACUGGAGACCUCAGUCUGACUCUUGAAUAUCCCACAGAUGAAGACACAAACACCUACACCUGCCGCGUCUACAGUAUGAAGGGAGACAUCUUGUUAACAAAAACUGUGAAACUCGGUGUCAGAGUUUACACAGUAGAGGUGGUUUCAGGGUGGAGACUGUCCUGUUACCCUGCAAAACCAGGACUAACCUGCCUGAAGAUGCUAGAGUGGAGUGGAUGGACAGUGACUAUGAGAAGGUCCAUGUUUAUCAGAAUGGCUUUGACCAGCUGGAAGAACAAGACCAAGAUUAUAAAGAUCGAACACAGAUGAAUAAAGAACUGCUGAAAACUGGGGACAUCAGCCUGACCCUGAAGUACCCCACAGACUGGGACACUGACAUCUACACCUGCACCAUCUACAGCAGGGAGGGAAACAUCCUGAAAAAGAAACAAGUGAAGCUGAAAGUCAGAGGUAUCAAGGUGAACGGGGUUUCAGACAGCGAGUCUGUCCAACUGCCCUUCACAACCACAGAAAAUCUGCCUGAAGAUGUAAAAGCAGAGUGGAUAGACAGAGAGAACAGGAAGGUCAACGUGUAUAAGAACGGUUCUGACCAGGUUGGAGAACAGGACGAGGUUUACAAAGACCGAACAGAGAUGAAGAGGAACCUGCUGACAACUGGAGACCUCAGUCUAACUCUGACAUACCCCACUGACUGGGAUGGAAAGACCUACACCUGCACUGUCUACAACGGACAGGGAAACACCCUGAUGAAGAAACAGGUGGAGCUUAAAGUCCAAGUCAGCGUUCUGUCAGGUGGAGGUGGAGGAGGGGUGGAGUCUGUCAAGCUGCCCUUCAAAACAACAGAAAACCUGCCCGAAGAUGCCAAAGUGCAGUGGAAGGUCAGUGGUGAUAGGAUGGUCCAUGUGUUUAAGAACGGCUCUGACCAGCCUGAAGAGCAGGACCAGUUUACAGAGACCGAACGAAGAUUAAUAAAGACCUGCUGA